AUGAUACGCAAAGUGAUGGCUGAGAUAGACGUGAAAUUCGGCAUCCGGCAAGCGUUGCAGAAAAUCGAGGAAACCUACAGCAAAAGAUCAGGGUUGAGCAAUGCACCUAAACCUUUACUUGUGGCAGUUAGUAAAACCAAACCGAUCGAACUGAUUCUGGACGCCUAUUCCGUGGGUCAACGUGACUUCGGCGAAAACUAUGUGCAGGAGCUGGUCGAGAAAGCAAGUGAUGCUAGAAUCCUGGAACACUGUCAGGACAUUCGGUGGCACUUUAUCGGCCAUUUGCAGAGCAACAAGAUCAAUAAGGUGCUGAAUCUCCCCAACUUGCAUAUGAUCCAAACGGUGCACAGCAUCAAGCUAGCGGAAGGUUUGAACAAGGCGUGGGAAAAGCUGAAGGCGGAUAAUGCUGAAAAACAACCGAAGCUAAAUGUACUGGUACAAAUAAACACCAGCGGCGAGGACGAAAAAAAUGGUGUCCAGCCAGAAGAUGCGGUGGGCCUGUUUCGUUACGUGCUGGACAAAUGUCCUAACUUGAACUGCGAAGGUGUGAUGACGAUCGGUCGAUUUGGACACGAUUACACGGCCGGACCGAAUCCGGACUUUGGUACGCUGAUGAAAUGCCAUCAAGAUAUCUGCAGUACGUUCGAGCGAGACCCAGCCGACCUGCAGGUGUCAAUGGGCAUGUCGGAUGAUUUCGUGCAAGCGAUCGAAGCGGGCAGCACCAUUGUGCGCGUGGGUAGUUCUAUUUUCGGGGCUAGGGCCAAGAAACCAACUGAUGCGUGAGCGAAACGC